AGUUAAUUUGCAUUCAUGUGAGUGUAUAUUAAUAGCACAUUCAUGUGAAUACAUAUUUAAACAAUAUUCAUACCGUAUAUGCUAAAUUUAGUAUAUAAAUUAUUUACAAGCAAAGGUGUAACAGUAAAUACCCUGUUGACAAAUAAAAUAAUAAAUAAAUUGUCAAAUAUAAGGAAAAUGAGUGAUAAAGAGAUGCGAAUUGAGACCACUUUCGGACAAAUAGCCGUCAAAGUGUGGGGAAAUGAGAGCCAACACAAACUCAAACUUCUUUGUGUCCACGGAUGGCAAGACAACGCCGGCACUUUCGACCGACUCCUACCUCUGCUGGACUUGCAGUCGAUGUAUGUGUUGGCUGUGGAUCUGCCCGGACACGGAUUCUCAUCGCAUUUGCCCGAAGGAGGACUCUAUACAGACCUGACAUGGGUUAUAGAACUGAAGCGAAUUGUGGAUCACCUAAAAUGGACCAAAUUCUCGAUGUUAGGCCAUAGUAUGGGUGCCAACGCGUCCCUUCACUUUGCGCUACUGUUCCCCGAUUUGGUCGAAAGAGUGAUAACUAUAGAUACUGUAAAACCGGCCGUUUUUCCGGUCACAGAACACGCCUCACGACUCGCUAAAGACAUCGACAACUUUCUGACUCUGGAAGAGCGCAACCAACGGCUCAAAAAAGAUCACGAAUUUGUGUUCACAUACGACAGGGCCAUCUCAGCCCUCAAAGUGGCCCAUUCAGCCAUUGGCACCCUUACUGCAGAAGGCGCCGCGUGUCUGCUCAAGAGGGCCACCAAAAUCAAGAGACAGCCCUCCGGGGAAACGGGAUAUGUCUUCACCCGAGACUAUAGACUACAGAAUGUGAUCAACAGGAAGACUGACGGCGAGUCUUUGAAGCACUACUUGUCUGGCAUUAAGUGUGAAUUAUUGAUAGUUAACGCCAAAAGUGGUUUAUUCACGGAUCGAGAGCUGCAGAAAGUGUUUAUCGAGAUGUACGCAGACAAGUGCCCAAAGUUUGAAUACUUGGAAGUGGAUGGCGACCAUUACGUCCAUCUAACCCGUCCUUACGACGUCGCCCCUCAUAUCAAGCGUUUCUUAAGUCCAGCCAUCGAUGAACUUAAAGCUACCAAUUGAUUGAUACUCAC